UCCAAAUUCUGAAUUUGCUUCAUUUUAAGAAUAAGUGAGAUUUGAAGUGUACCAGUCUUUAAAAGACAUAAUUGAAAAUGAUUGCAUUAAGUAAAUUGCAAAUGAAUAUAUAGACUUUUGGAAAUCCGUGAAUGAAUCUCAAAUCUACACCAUUAGCCACAUGAUGUCGCUGUAUACCACAAAGUCUUGUCACCAAAAACUAAAGGAGGAAGCUCCAUUUUGUCACAGCCUGAGAGAAGACAAAAACGGCCGGGAUAUUUAUUAUUCAAGAUAUAAAGUAAAGAGAGUAUGGCUUUGAAGUGAGAGAGUGGUACCAAUUUUUAGUGGUUUUGCGAUGCUGUUUCCUAGGCAAGGAGGCAAGGGAGCCUUGCGUUUGUUGCUCUCCCUUCUGCUCCUCGCAACCUGGAAGACUGGGAGUGGUCAGGUCCACUACUCGGUCGCUGAGGAGGCCAAACACGGCACCUUCGUGGGCCGCAUCGCCCAGGACUUGGGGCUGGAGCUGGCGGAGCUGGUGCCGCGCCUGUUCCGGGUGGCGUCCAAAGGCCACGGGGACCUUCUGGAGGUAAAUCUGCAGAAUGGCAUUUUGUUUGUGAAUUCUCGGAUCGACCGGGAGGAGCUGUGCGGGCGGAGCGCGGAGUGCAGCAUCCACCUGGAGGUGAUCGUGGACAGGCCGCUGCAGGUUUUCCAUGUGGUGGUGGAGGUGAAGGACAUUAAUGAUAACCGACCGGUUUUCAGAGCAAGAGAACAAAGGUUAUUUAUUCCUGAAUCUAGACUGGUGGAUUCACGUUUCCCGAUAGAGGGAGCUGCUGAUGAGGACAUUGGUACCAACGCUCUUCUAACUUACACCCUCAGCCCCAGCGAUUAUUUCUCUUUGGAUGUACAGGCAAGUGAUGAACUCAGUAAGUCACUUUCACUUGAAUUGAGGAAAUCUUUGGAUAGAGAAGAAACACCAGAACUUCAUUUAUUAUUGACAGCCACUGAUGGGGGCAAACCAGAGCUGGAAGGUACAGUUCAGCUGCUGAUCACAGUGCUCGACGUUAAUGAUAAUACCCCAUUGUUCGCCCAGGCUGUGUACAGAGUCCAUUUAUUAGAAAGUACAGCAAAUGGAACAUUAGUGACUACAUUAAACGCCUCUGAUGCCGAUGAAGGUGUAAAUGGAGAAAUUGUUUUUUCCUUUGGCAGUGAUGUUCCUCUAAACAUUCAAAAAAACUUCAAAAUUGAUUCCAACUCAGGAGAAAUUAGGCUAAUUGGUAGACUGGAUUAUGAGGAAACAAAAUCCUAUGAAAUUCAGGUAAAAGCAGUUGAUAAAGGAAAUCCUCCAAUGUCGAAUCACUGCAAGGUUUUAGUGAAAGUGCUGGAUGUAAAUGACAAUGCUCCACAACUGGCAAUCACACCUCUGUCUUUGCCGGUUAGAGAGGACACUCCACUCGGCACCGUCAUCGCCUUUGUCUCCGUGUCCGACCGUGACUCCGGCGUCUAUGGGCAGGUGACCUGCUCUCUGAUGCCUCAUAUCCCAUUCAAGCUGGUGUCCACCUUCAAGAACUACUAUUCGCUGGUGCUGGACAGCGCCCUGGACCGAGAGAGCGUGGCGGACUAUGCUCUGGUGGUGACCGCACGCGACGCAGGCUCGCCUUCGCUCUCCGCCACGGCCAGCAUGUCCGUGGAAGUGGCGGACGUGAACGACAACGCGCCGGCAUUCGCGCAGCCCGAGUACACGGUGUUCGUGAAGGAGAACAACCCGCCCGGCUGCCACAUCUUCACGGUGUCUGCGCGGGACGCCGACGCGCAGGAGAACGCGCUGGUGUCCUACUCGCUGGUGGAGCGGCGCGUGGGCGAGCGAGCGCUGUCGAGCUACGUGUCGGUGCACGCGGAGAGCGGCAAGGUGUACGCGCUGCAGCCGCUGGACCACGAGGAGCUGGAGCUGCUGCAGUUCCAAGUGAGCGCGCGCGACGCGGGCGUGCCUCCCCUGGGCAGCAACGUGACGCUGCAGGUGUUCGUGCUGGACGAGAACGACAACGCGCCCGCGCUGCUGCCGCGGCCGGGGGCGGGCGGCGGCGCUGUGAGCGAGCUGGUGUCGCGGUCGGUGGGCGCGGGCCACGUGGUGGCGAAGGUGCGCGCGGUGGACGCCGACUCUGGCUACAACGCGUGGCUGUCGUACGAGCUGCGGCCGGCGGCGGGUGGCGCGCGCAGCCCGUUCCGCGUGGCGCUGUACACGGGCGAGAUCAGCACGACGCGCACCCUGGACGAGGCGGACUCGCCGCGCCAGCGCCUGCUGGUGCUGGUGAAGGACCACGGCGAGCCGGCGCUCACGGCCACGGCCACUGUGUUGCUGUCGCUGGUGGAGAGCGGCCAGGCGCCCAAGGCGUCGUCGCGGGUGCUGGCGGGCGCCGCUGGCGCCGAGACGGCGCUGCUGGAUGUCAACGUGUACCUGAUCAUCGCCAUCUGCGCGGUGUCCAGCCUGUUGGUGCUCACGCUGCUGCUGUACACGGCGCUGCGCUGCUCGGCGCCGCCCGCGGAGGGCGCGUGCGCGCCUGGGAAGCCCACGCUGGUGUGCUCCAGCGCGGUGGGGAGCUGGUCGUACUCGCAGCAGAGGCGGCAGAGGGUGUGCUCCGGGGAGGGCCCGCCCCCGGCCCCGCCCCCGCCCGCGUCCAAGACCGACCUCAUGGCCUUCAGCCCCAGCCUACCUCAAGUUCCAGGCUCCGCAGAAGAAAGACAACAAUCCUCAGAAUCAGAACACUUAGGAAAGGUGAGUCUUUCCUGUCGAUUCUAGAAUUGUUCUAUUUCCUUUAUGAUUCUAUUAUUUUGAUUCAUAGCUUUGCCCUUAUUUUUUUAUUAUUAUGUUAAUCUUGCCAUUUGCCCUUAUUUUUUUUAUCAUUAUCCUAUGGUGCAAUAUAUGGUAUGAAAUAGAGGUGAAUUUCUUCAUUGAGAACAA